GUUGGCUAAUGGCGUAUAAAGAGUACCUGUAUUCUACAGUUACGGCUUGUAAUAUAAGGAAAGAAGGCUGUAGGACUAUAACUGUUCUUUGCAACAGCCAUACUAAAAUCGUGUCUAUUUUUUUUUUUCUGCCGGAUAUGAGUUUAAGUCUCCUGUUGUCUCUAUAUCUGUGUGUUUGGAGUGGAAACAGUCUGAAAUAGGGCAGCCCAGCACAACCCAUUUUGCAUUCAUCUCCCCUUCCACUAUGAAGAGAAUGGACAAGGGAGGAGUUCCUAAGAAAACCUGCCUCACAGGUGGAUGCUUUUCAAUGUAGUUUUUUCACCCCCUCUCUUUGUUCUUAUUAACCAGUCUCAAUAUCAAUUGUGUUGGGAUUCAGGGAACAUAAGCAAGGACAAUAGAGAAACCAAGGGCAUUUUGAAAUUCAUCAGGGGAGGUGAAAGCCCUCCGGUUUCGCAUUACAAAGCGACUGUGUAGAUAUAAUCGGGGAAACACCUGAGACAGGACAGGAGCUGAGAAGUAAAAAGCUUUUGUCUCAUUGCUACUGGGCUGAGACUUCAUUGAACCUUGCGUGUAUAUUAGCUCUCCAAGAUGAGUGGAGCUCUCCGGCGGCGCCUCGUGUCCAAGGAUGGGCACAGCAAUGUGCGGAUUGACAACGUGGAGGGCAUGGUGAAGCUCUACUUGCACGACAUUUGGACAACAGUGGUGGACAUGAAGUGGCGAUACAAGCUCACCCUCUUUGUUUCUACCUUCUUGGGCACCUGGUUCAUUUUCGGAGUCCUAUUCUACCUCAUUGCCAUGAGCAAUGGAGAUUUGGGGCAGGCACCUGAGUCCAACCACACGCCUUGUGUGAUGAAUGUGGCGACUCUGACCGGGGCGUACCUUUUCUCCCUGGAGUCUCAGACCACCAUUGGUUACGGCUUCCGCCACAUCUCCGAGGAAUGCCCUCUUGCCAUCUUUACUCUGGUGGUACAGUUGGUCUUCACAGGUCUUGCUGAAAUCUUUGUGACCGCUGCCUUCUUGGCCAAGCUGGCCCGGCCCAAGAAGCGGGCAGAGACCAUCCUGUUCAGCCAAUCGGCAGUUGUCUGCAGGCACCAGGGAAAGCUAUGCUUGAUGGUGCGGGUGGCCAAUAUGAGGAAGAGCCUUCUGAUCCAGUGCCAGUUGUCUGGGAAUCUCUUCUCUCCUUAUGUAACCGAGGAAGGAGAGAAGAUCCUACUUCACCAAGAGUCUGUGGACUUUCAGCUGGACUCCAGCCAGGAGUGUCCUUUCCUCCUUCUGCCACUUACGUUCUACCAUAUGCUGGACGAGAGUAGCCCUCUGGUCAACUUAACAGCUGAGAGCCUGAAGACCAGAGACUUUGAGCUGGUGGUAACCCUCAAUGCAACCAUGGAGUCCACCGCCUCCACCUGCCAGAGCCGCACUUCCUACCUUCCUCAGGAAGUUCGCUGGGGUUACGAGUUUAUACCCCUGCUGUUUAGCGCACCUGGGGGUGGGUACAUUACAGACUUUGACUACUUCGAUAAGAUCCAGGAGAGCAGUGACUCCUCACUGCUUCAGAAGUCAGUGACAGAAAAGCUCCAGCUGGAGGAAGAGUACAGGAAAGAGUGAAAUGAUGGAGGAAGCAUGGGUAAAAUGGACACGGUCAAGCAUUGCCAAGUGGAGGUUUAAAGAAAAUUCACAGAAAACAAUCUGAACUGAGCUAAUUCUAGUUUGAUAUUUCUAAAUUCUGCUCCUUGGGACCGACUCUUCAUGAGGUCACCCAUUCCUAGCCCGAACACACCUGAUCCAGCUCAGGAAAGGCUUUUAUAAUCAGUUACUUAGUUAGAUUAAGUUUUAAGUCUGGGAAUAGUUGAACAUGCAGGACAGGAUUCCAUAACACUGGUUUGGAACCACCACCUGAGAAUUCUAAACCAGGAGAUUUUUAUCUAUUUGACUGAACGAAUAGACCGGAUCUGUGUCCAGUAGUGCGUAGGGGACAGUAGGGCACAAACUAACACUGGGUAAAAUGUAACAUGGAUAUUUUAUGCAGUUUCCAGUAGAACAUACUUCUGCUUAUGUUAUUUUACUCCCUUAGAAUAAUCAUCUGCCAAUUUUGACAGUGACCACAGAAUUCAUAUCAAUAUUAUUUGCUGUAUACAACAAAGUUUUGAAGCACGUAAACGACUCACAGUGAGAGCUAACCAGGAUAAAGAAAAGCCUCCACAUGGCGGAGUUAGUUUUAACAUAAUAUUACAACUAAGCCACCCCAAAGUUAGCAAUGAGAGAAGUCCAUACCCACUUAAAUUUACACACUUCAUGCUUUGGAAAUUUUUGUGCACAGGUUAAUUAAAAACACACUACAGAUGUCAUGUAAAUGAAAAUAUAUUUAUAUUUGCUUAUUCAUACUUACAUUUGCUGUUCUACUGGUCAAAAUCAAAAAUAAAUUCACGUUCGCCUCUUUUUA